CUUACACUGUGCUCUCGGUGUGGAGAGCGUAUCUACUGCUCAGAAAGAUGUCAGAGACGAGACUGGCCUGAGCACAAGCUGAAGUGUGGUAAAACCCACCGCAUCAAUCUUGAAUCCUUCUACCCAGUGCUGGCGGUCUUGGCUGACGCUGUGCACAGCCUCAUGCUCCCUCCGCAUUUCGCAAUGCUGUCUCGGGUUGUGAACGACAUUAACCCCUCACUCGUCCCUUCGCUACUCCCAAACGGCGCCCUCGCCAAGCUUCUCGAGAUUGAUGACAUAGAACAGAAGCUGUUCAUGGACCCGCUGGACUGGGCGCCGCUUGCACAGUCCAGACCUGUCGCGGCCAAGAUGAUGCAGCGGAUCAUGCGCGAAGGGCACCUGCUGCCGAUCCUGACUGCGCUUUGCGUGAGCCUGCUCGGCGAGAUGUAUACAACGACGUCUGUAUAUGGCUCCAAUCUCGUGCGCAAACGACUCCAGUACCGCACAUCGCCCAUCGCAGACUUCGGGAUCGCUCGCGGCUCCGUGUACGUGCAUGAGAGCGAUCGGCUAGUGUACAAGCGGCGCUCGAACGGCACGUAUGUCCUCGGACAAGAUCCCGAAGAGCACUUCUGGCUCUACUUCACCACUAUCCGCGGUGAGGAGGUCAUUCUCGAUGUCGGGAUGUUCACGUUCAAUUUCUGCACGGUGGUAAAGAGCGAGCAAUAUACGCCACCAGCGUGGAAGGACCUCGUUAUCGACAUUACCCCGGCGUUCUUCAUUAACCGGGAGAUACGUACCAAUGCGCCUGGUAAUCACACCGAACACAAGCGCGUCUCGGCCCUCCGUGAUAGCAGACUUCACCAGGCUGUCCGCUACAUUCAGCAUGCGCUCGACGACCCCGAAAUCGCUUCGAUAUCCGCUUUUAUGAAGGAUAUUGCAGGGCGAACGAUCUCUAAGAAAGAGACCACAAUUGUGGGUCAGGCGGCGAUGAGCUUCUGUCCCAAGCUAGAGGAGAUACUCGAGAAGGAGAAGUGGAGAGCUUUUCCCGAACAGCCCCCCUUUACCAUCCAAACAGACCCUGGAGAGCGGUCCAACUGGGAUGAUCUGCCUGAACCGAAGCGCAAGAAGAAGCCUGCGACGCGGGAGUCGACAGCAUAG